GUGUCUUUCAUGAAUAGCGUGUAGAAGGCGAGCGGCGACGAACAUGCGGCCAGAGAUCAGCCAAACCGCCGCACUGGGAACACUUACCUUGGUCGGUCUGUAUGUCGGGUGCGUGUUGAUGGGGUGGGCAAUCGAUUCUCUCCAUCCUGUCAACGACAGAGACGACACUGAGGUUGAUCCCGAUGCGCACAAGAAGACGACAAUGCGUCCACGAGACCAAAACAAUGUAUUCGACCUUGUCCAGGCACUGCAUGAUCCAAGCAAGCAGGUCGUGUUGUACACUGUUCGCCGCCUUAUGGACCUGUCGGCCUUCAAGAGCUUUCAAACGCAGAUUGGAGCGUACGGAGGCAUCGAAGCUCUCGUGAACCUCCUGCUGGUCGAUCGUACCAGUAUGGACGACGAAACCAACGCCUUGACCAUUGCGAUUUUCCUUACGUUGAGCAAUCUCACUGUUCACGCCACUAACCACAACGUCAUGCACGCCGCGAAUCUGGAGCGCGUGGUCGCGGACAUAUACGACGAGCCAUCGUUGCCCAUGGCGGUCAAGCUGCCCUGCCUCCGCCUCAUGACCAACCUCGCCAUGUGGUCUGAAUCGUCGACAUGGCUGCUGGAUGCACCAGUCGUCCACACGCUUGCGGCCGACUUGCUCUCGUCCGCUUCCGACGACUGGACGAACGGGAUCCUGCAGCUGUUUGCGAACCUGACCGAUCCCGCGUCCAUGUCGUCUGCGGGUGACCGGGCGGCGAUCGACAGCAUCGUGGAUGCGACGGUCUGUUUCUGUGAGCUCGAAGGCGAACACAUCACGCCUCGCCAGCGCGAGAACGCGCAGUGCAUCCUGCGCAAUGCAUCUCAAGCGGUGCUCAGUCGUCCAGUCAUGUAGAUAGCGAUUCUUAAUUUAUUCCAUCCUCCGUAGCAUUGACUAAAGCGAGCUCGUCAGUCGACAUGGCAUGCAUCGCAGACUCUGCCAACAACUCCCACAUGGCUUUGGUCAUCCUUGGGAAUUUGACUGUGGCGUGCGUGGAUGCGGGAGGCCGAUGCAGCGCCAGCGCGUGGCCACCCGCCUGACGCAAAGCACAGACGAGAUCGACAGCAGACUCGACGUCGUGCUGGGCCUGCAGCGCUCGCAUGAGCCCUUGAAUCUCACCUCUCGUCCAGCCGAACUUGACGCGUACGCAUUCGAGUAGACCACGUAAGCAAGUCGAUGGCGCGAUCGACGACAUGCCAGUAGUGUGGCGCACGUUUGAGUACAUCGUUGGCUCACACGACAGGACAGGUGUUGGCCACGUCUACGGGUUGGAGUGAGUUUCAUCGAAGGCAUGGGGCUUGGAUGCAUACGUCGAAGCUAGCUUGAAACUUAGCCAUGAGCACUGGAUAUUGCUGGCGUAGGUACGAUUUAUGCUGCGCAUCGCUCUCGGCGUACAAGUGAUCGCAAAACUCGGCUUCCGACAGAAUCGAUGCGCUCCAUUUAGCGUCUUCGGCCGCUUGGAGCUUUUCAAACUCGGCCCACCACGCGGGCGACCGCAGGUCGUCGUCGAUAUUGUCGUUGUUCGACACAGUCACUUGUGCAGUACACUCGCAAGGAUCACUACAUCGAUGUUCGUCACGCCGCCGAAACGUGAGUAGGUUGGGACCCUUGGGAGCGGCGCGGAGUUGAUAAAUCACGUCAACCAUGGCCAUGUGCGUGAUGUCGAGGCCGUUGAUUUGCUCGAGCACGUCGUCCACUGCAAUCGUGCCUGCAUCUUCGGCAGGUCCAGCAGUGCCAUCUUCGGCACGAACAAACCCUUCCACGAGGACCCGUGACUCGUCGCGCGUGAAGUAAAUGCCAAAGCCAUGGUCGCCCUUGUGCACCUCGACCUCGACGAUCAUCGUUGUGUCGGUUCAAG